UUUUAUUACCGCACUUUACCAGUGUCUGGGUAUAUCAACCGGAGCUGAGCUUUCUGCUGAAGACCUGAGUGUCCUUUUUUGCAAAGUGUUUCAUGUGUCGUCCAACAGAGGUGAAGCUGAAACAGCCAUGAAAAAGGUUGCAGGAGGGGAUGAAAGCUGGUCCUGUGCCGGUGCAAAUGUUUUGGAUGUGCUCUUGGAAAUGGAAAGGGAGAAGGAAAGGAAGAAAAAUCUUUACUGGGACAGCCAGCUUCUAAAUAUUGGGAAUCUUCAUAACAUGUUGCAAAAUGUACUCAGAAGAAAAGCAUACAGCUCUACAUCAGAACUAUUACAGCAACAAACAGCUAAAACAUAUAUUUCCCAGGCUGAGAAAGUUCUGGGGAAAAAACAGUUCUGCAAAACAACAGCAAACACGAAUAGGCUCCAAAAAGCAGCCAAGAAGCGCUGGGCGAGACUGGCAUCAGAGGGUGUUCACACUAUUUUGCCCUCCAUGUGGUGCAGCCGAAGGUUGGGCCUCAGGGGUCAGACAUGGGGCUCGAUCUCCAUGUCAGAUAUCCUCUUUCUAGUGGAGUGGAAAUAUGAUGUUGUGACUCACUUUCUUUAUACAGAAAUGCUUCAGGAACACCACACCCAAAGUGUUUGGGAGAUGCUGCUUCCCUGGCAACAAAUAAAGGAAGUGGAGUCACUGGGAACUAUGGCAGAGGAAGCUUUGCAGUCUGAUGACAUGCUGGGCUUGGCUUUCCUGCCUGGAGCUUUCAGGAUUUACAAAACAAGGUGUUCAAAGCUGGACCAGUCCUGGUCAGCUGUUGCUCUCCUGAAGGAGUUACACACUUUCUGUCAACAAGAACAAAAUGAGCUGAUGGUUCUGGGCCAAAGAUUGUGUGAUGAAAGUCUGCAAUUGUUGUGUCUUCACAUCAUUCUGGCGAUUUAUAGAGCUCAGAGGGAGAAAGUUUCCUACAGCGCACUGCUAGCAUCUCGUCAAUCCUGGGAGUCAUGGUGA